AGAACGGGAAGUCUAAGUUGAACACUCAAAAUCCAUUAUUAUUGUUUACAUCGGAAGAAGAAAGCAAAGAUGAGUUCAGAAACUCCUGUUAGGCUCCCGAUCGUAGAUUUCUCAAAGCAUGGCCUGAAGGCAGGCAGUCCCGAAUGGGAUUCGGUGAAGGUCAAGUCCUCGAGGCACUGGAAGAGUACGGUUUUUCCGGCUAUGUUCGACCGAGUCCUGGAUCUUCGAAAGCCGAUACUCGGGGCCCUGGAAGACCUGUUUGAUCUGCCUUUUCAGACAAAACAACACUAUGUUUCCGAUAAGCCCUUUCGUGGUUAUUAUGGGGAUUCAUCAGGAGUUGGGCAAGAAUGCAUGGUCAUAGAUGAUGCAAAGGUUGUCGAAAACAUCGAAACAGGCCUCACUAACACCCUGUGGCCUAAAGGAAACGUAAGCUUCAGUAAAUCUCUGGUAUCUUUCACUGAGCUAGCAUCAGAGUUGGAAAAGAUAAUUAGGAGGAUGAUUUUGGAGAAUUUUGGCGUGGAGAAAUAUACGGAUGAGUUCAUUGACUCCACAAAUUAUCUUCUGAAGGUCAUGAAAUAUGAAGGGUCUGAAACUAGCGAGCCAAGCCUUAGGGCUCACUCGGACCAGAACUUGACGACUAUUUUAUAUCAAAAUGAGGUUGAUGGAUUGGAGAUUCAGAACAAAGAUGGCGAAUGGAUCAAUGUAAAACCCUCACCGAACUCUUUCAUCUUCAUCCUUGGAGAGUCCCUCAGCAUAUGGUUAAAUGGUCGAUUGUCUUCCCCAUAUCAUCGAGUUGUGAUGAAGGGAAACAAGGUCAGAUACAGCAUUGGAUUGUUUGCAAUAGCUAGAGGUGGGUAUCAAGUAAAGGUUCCAGAAGAGCUGGUUGAUGACAAAAACAGCUUGCUCUUCAAACCUUUUGACUACGAAGAAUUUUUGGGACUUUACUCCGCCAAGGCUGCUCGAGGCGCUCUUCUAGGAUAUGGUCUCAAGUCGUAUUGCAGUGCUUGAGAUUUCACCAUAAUAAUUCAUGUAUUAUGGAGUAUUAAGUCGAUCUUCGAAUUUUUUUCA